AUGAUAAACACAAGAUCGUUGUACUUUGCAUUGUUAUUAACUUGUUUUGUUCAUUAUACUUCUGGACAACAUGCUAUAUGUAAUUCACUUGAGGGAUAUGAUACAAAAGCUUUAAUUAGUGCUGUUCAAUGGCAAGUUAAAACUGAUUAUGCAUGUCUUGGUAAUCCAGCUGCUGAUUGUACUUAUUACAUAAGUUUUUGUCAAACAGCUGAAAAUUGUUUUCACCAAUAUUCUGCAUGUCAAAACUCAACAGGAGCAUCGAAUAUGACUAUUAUUGGUGCUUAUUCAACUACAAUUUUUCAUGAAAAUGAAUCUGGACCAAAAGGUUUUUAUGCUGUAUUUCCACAGGGUCCAAGACAAAAUGUAUCAAACACAACAAUUUGUGAACCAUCAUUGAAAAUAAAGUUUACUUGUAAUCUCAAAACACAAUGGCUUGUUCCUGUUGGUGAUGUAACAGCACUUGCACCAGAACCAGAUGAUGUUGAUGUUGAUGACGCAUGUUUAACUACACUGACAUUUGAUUAUCCUGGAGCAUGUUAUCAAGGCAAAGAACCAGAGAAAGGAAUGAGUGGUGGAGCUGUUUUUCUUCUUAUUUUAUUUUCUGUUGCUGUAGCUUAUUUUCUUAUUGGUAUGGCCUAUAAUGGAUUUGUUAAACAUAAAUCCGGUGUAAACUUAAUUCCACAAGCAAGCUUCUGGAUUGGUUUACCAAUACAUAUUAUCGAAGGGUUUCGAACUACACUUGGUGUUUGUACGGGUUCAUCAACAACAACGGGAACAUCAUAUGAAUCUGUUUAA